GAAAUGUCUGCCUCGGCCAUGGAAAAACAUCUCUUUAACCUAAAAUUUGCGGUUAAAGAGUUGGAACGUAAUGCAAAAAAAUGUGAGAAGGAAGAAAUAGCUGAAAAAGCUAAAACUAAAAAAGCAAUACAAAAAGGUAAUAUGGACGUAGCACGAAUACACGCAGAAAAUGCAAUACGUCAGAAAAAUCAAUCGCUAAACUAUUUAAGAAUGUCUGCACGAGUUGAUGCUGUCGCAAGUCGUGUACAAUCUGCCUUAACAACAAGAAAGGUUACUAAUUCGAUGGCGGGUGUAGUGAAAGCAAUGGAUGCUGCAAUGAAAUCAAUGAAUUUAGAAAAAAUAUCAAAUCUCAUGGACAAAUUUGAACAACAAUUUGAAGAUUUGGAUGUUCAAAGUGGUGUCAUGGAUAAUGCAAUGGCUCAAACUGUUACAACUUCAAUUCCACAAAAUGAUGUUGAAAGUUUGCUGCAAGAAGUUGCUGACGAAGCGGGACUUGAAUUAAAUAUGGAUUUACCAUCAACUGUUGCGGCUUCAGAAACUACCUCAGUAGCAGGAGCUGAACAAGAUGAACUUACUUCGCGAUUAGCGCGUCUUAGGCAAGCGGAAUAAAUGAAGAUAUUUAAAUGAAUUUUGUUAUAUAAAUAAUAUAAGUUUUU